GACAAAAACAUUAAGGGUUUCAAAAUGAAUUCAUUAACCCUCGGUGCUGCAGGAUAUAUCUUGUUAUUUUCAAGUCUUACAUUUUUCAUAAUUUUAUUGAAACAAAGCUACAGAUGCAGUGCUAAAACGUCAAUAUAUUAUCUGACGGUGUCAGAUAUUCUAAGUUCAAUGUUAACAGCAGGAAUACUGCUUUUUAAUUGGUUUAAUGGAAUGCUUCAAGAGGACACGAUCAAUGGCACUCGUGAAAAACAUUCAAGUAUGUUAAAUUAUUCUGUAUCGUCAAGCAUGGAAAGUGAUGAAUAUCGGCAGACAUUUGCACAGUUUUUGAACCACUACAGCAGUGCUAGUACCAAGUUCAACGAAACGAUUACAUGCAAUUUUAGUCAUGUAAUCAUGCAUUAUGGAAUGUUUCUGUUGCCAUUUGUAAAUGCACUUGUUUCAUUGUUAAGUUUUUCAUUACAAGCCAACUGGAAUGUACAAUACAUCAGUGACAAAUGCAAACAACUAAGAGAUUCUUCGUCAAAUAUACAAGUCCAGGAUACUGAAGGUCAAAUUUAUUCUGGUACAUUCACACACUCUAAAACCAACUUAUUUUCCAGAGAAGAGUUAAAAAAUGAAAGAGUUCUAUUCAAAGAAAUGAUUCUAAAUGUAAUUGCAAAUUUUUUCAAUGGUUUGAAACAAGAUAAACUGAAACCCGAUGACAAGAGAACCAGUUAUAUAAACAUUUUAAGUCAAUGGUUCGUACCUGUCUUCAUUACAGGUAUUUUAUAUUUUGCAGAAUAUUACAAAAUGGAACAAAUGCCUGAUCCGAUUGACGAUACUUGCAUUUUUACAAUGAAUUUUCCUUUCGAUAAUCACUGUCCAUCUUCUGAUGCAAAAAAUACUCAGCAAUAUGGAUACAAAAACACCAUACAAAUUCUAAAUAAUAAUAUGAAUGAUGAAAACUUGUUGGAAAUAUCUCAUCCUAAUGCUAAAGAAACAGAUCAUGUGGUAUCCCGUAUUUACAAUAUUAUGCAUUCAAUAUUAAAUAAUUCCAAUUCAAAACUAUCGGAAACUAAUCAUAAUUCAUCUGAAUUAUGGAAUAUCACAAAGUAUUUGAAUGUCAGUGAAAUUUUAACUCAAAAUAAUGACUGGAACAUGGAUAAUAUACCACUUAAUGAUACCAAUAUAUUGGAAGUUGUGGAUGAAGAAAAUAAAACUGUUACCGAGCUUUCUCAUUCUCUAAGCCAAGAAAAACGUAUAUCAAAUUUAGGCAGCAUGGAUCUUCUGAACAAUAAAUUGGAAUUACUCAAGAAUGUUACAAAAGAACCAAUAAGAAUAACUCAUUUGGAACCUUCAACUUAUUCUAUACAGACCAUUAAAUUUAACAACACAAAUGGAAAUAACCGAGAACGGACACAAAGAGUACAUGAAAAUCAAGAAGACAAUCUUAACAAGUUUACCAAUGGAUUAAACAUUAAUGACAUUGCAUCAAAAUAUAAAGAGAAAUGCAAGACCAACGAUACAAAGUAUAAUGAAACAAUGCAAACUGAACAUGUAAUACAUCCAUUAGAUACUGGAGGUGCCAAAUUGAAUUCUAAUGGAAGCACUAUAUCUACGAUAUCAGAUAACAAAACCUAUACUAAAGGCAUGAUAAUACCGUCAGAGUGUCUAAACAAUCAUUGUUUUGUUUCCCCUACAUUUGUUAAAUUACACAUGCUCAUACUUAUAUUUGUAAUUUACUUUGUCUCUAUUAUAAUUUCUAGCAUCUUGCAAUUACAAGCAAGGUACAGAUGUAAAAAUCUCUCAUUAAAUCAACAAAAAAUGAACAAUAUGGAAAGGAUCAAGAAAAACAAUGAAAAUAGUGAAGAUAAAAUUGUUACGGAGAAAAGAGAAUCUGUAAUUAACCAAAAUAUAAGAAAAUUGGCAUGGCAUACUGAGGAAAACAAAUUGAGUAAUAACCAUCCAGAAAACGACCCCAAAGAUGAUGAAUUCAUUACGGAAAUAGAGUUUCACAACAAAGGUGAGAAUGAUUCCAUAUCAGAAUCAAUACAAAUUAAUGAAAUUGAUGUUAUCGACGAAGCCGAUGUUAAAACUAUGACAAACUUUAACCAUGAAAUUGAAAACAUGAUGAGUUUACUUCAAUUAUUAAAGAUAUCUUUCCUUUGUGGGAUAUCAUUAUGGACACCCUUAUUUUUUGAGGUUUUAGCUAAAAUCUUCUUAUGUAUGAAUGUCCCAAAUUGGCUGAUGAACAUUUCAUUUUUAAGUGCUAUGUCAUUUGGAAUCAUUAGAAAUUUUUUAAAUCUAAAUAUGAUUCAUAGUCAAAAAAAUGAUAAUGAUAAAACGAAGAAGGGAAACGCUGUAAACCCAAGUUCAUAA